GCAUCGGCCUCGCAUCGGUUCAGCUCGUCUCGAUUUGCUUUGGUUUUUCAAGAAAAAAGAAAACACAUCUCUCUAUAUAUAUAUAUGUAUAUUCAUUUCGUGUCAAGUUUAACAGCGACGACGCCAAACGCCGGCACAUUUUGUUUAUUCCAUUUGGCAAUAAGUACGCUUCGGUUUUUUGUUAGCCAAAACCAGCCCCAUCUCUAUCUACCUAUAUAUUAACUACUAUAUAUUGUAUAAGUAUACCACGAUGAUGAUUUCGUUUCGUCUCUUGUUUUUUUGACCAUGAUUUACGGUUCUGUCAUUGGUUUUUUGUUUUGAGUUUAGUUUUAACCACCAAGUUACCUACCUUACAGUUGGUUUUUCAGUAACCGCCUUUCUGGUUACCGCCAACAAAAGUUGCUUUCGAUGUUUGCAUACGAAUACUAAUACGAAUACCAAAUACCAAAUACCAAAUACUACUUAAUAACAAUACAAAUAACAAUAACAAAUACCCAUACUAAUACUUAUUACUAUACCUGUACCUAUACCCUAUAUACCUUUUACCCUGUUGAGCUUUAGUUUUGGUUUUUGCUUUCGAAUAAGUUCCGUUACGAUAAAUGCUUUUACCACCCGCCAAAAAACCCCACGAAUACUUACUCGAACGCCUCAAGCCAUCCACUUUACUUAUUAAAUAACCAACGUUGCUUCGUUUGUGUAGCCCAUAUGUAUCUGUUGUGACACGUUCUUCUUCUAUUUUUUGCGUUAUUUUUUAGUUUUAUUUUAUGUUUGUUUACCAAGUUUUUAACACUUUUAGUUGGGUUCCCGGAAGCCUAGGGCUCCGGGGACCCAAAAUCUAACCCGCUAUCUAGAAUAGUAUAAUCGAAUAUAUCAAAACUUAUAACUUGUUUCUACUUGUUUGUUUUUUUAUACCACCUGAUUUACAUACUGCGUUCUUCUUCUACGUUCUUCUUCAUACCAAAUACCAAAAAAAAAACAAAAAAAACAAACAAAAAAUAAAAAUAUAAUAAAUGAAAACCUACAAAAAAACAACACACGAAUUUGCAUAUUUAAAAACGGAUCGGAUCGAAUCGAUUUAAAUAUACAAACCAAUUCGAACUCUCGAACACACCCAACGACAACAACCAACAAUGACCAUUAUUGACAAACAUGAAUCGAAUCCACAAAUAUUGCCAUUGAACAAACGAAUGCAUUCAACAAAAUGCAAAAUGCAUCCAGGCCCGUCGGCUUCUGGGGCAAAAUUGUCGGCUCUUUGUGCGUGAUCGCUGGUGUGCUGACAAUCGCACUGCCGGUACCGGUUAUCGUCAGUAAUUUCAAUUACUUCUAUCACCGCGAAACGGAUCAGGAGGAGAUGCAGAGCCAAAAUUUCAACCACGUUACAAGUUGUUCAUAUUUACCUGGUGCACUAGGUCAACAUUUGAAGAAAUCCUCACUCUCCGAGUCGUCGUCGGACAUCAUGGAUUUGGAUGAUGGCAUUGAUGCAACCACGCCAGGUCUGACUGAUCACACCGGCCGCCACAUGGUGCCGUUUCUCAGGACGCAGCAGUCCUUUGAGAAGCAGCAGCUCCAGCUUCAG